AUGACUCUGUCUCACGAGACGACGGCUCACGCUCACAGCCCUGAGGAUAUCCCUAAGCGACCUAAAGGCAUCCUGAAAAACUCAAGUUCCUUCAUCCACCAACACUCAACAUCACCCGAGAAAGUCGCGAUUUCGCCUCCUCCCCUACCUGUAGAUACAGAGGAAAAUAAAGAAAUUACCCUUCAGAACACUCUACAAAAUGCCGGUCGUCGCUCGUCUAGUACACGUCGCGCUUCAUCCGGGAGACGUCAUUCUGGCACAGGUUCCGCACACGGCGACCAGGAUGAUCGCUCUACUCAUCUGAAAUGGGACGAAGCAAACUUGUAUCUUACCGAGCAAGAAAAAACGGCAAAAAUGAAGAUCGACGAACCCAAGACCCCAUGGGCCCCGAGCUAUGACCCCGCACAAGAUGAGCGCGAAGAUAUGGAAAUAGAAGCCGAAAAUCGCACGCUCGAGGCGCAUGACCUGGUGGUGGAUGAACUUGAUCUUGUCAACAGUGCUCGCCAGAAGAAAGCCACCGGUCCUGUACACGACAACGAGAUCCCUGAUUUUGAGCUCGGUGAGCCCGAAGAAGAUAUCCACGCUCAGCAGAAUCUGGCGGCGACGGGUGGAAGCCGAAUCACGCGCGAUCGCAGUCUUAGUCAGAACUCGAAUCGCAGUGACAAGCACGUUGAUGUUGUCGUUGACGAUGAGGAGGGCAGUGGCCAUGGAGAGGGCUUGAUAACGACUGAAGAGGCAAAGGAGAAGCACCGUCAGUUUGAAGAGCAUCGGAAAAAGCAUUAUGAAAUGAGGAAUAUCAAGGAUAUCCUAGCCCAUCCGGAAGAGCUUGACGAAAUGGACGACGAUAACGACGCCGAGCCACUAGCUGUGCCAAAGGUUCCCAAGAACUUGUCUUAA